CGCAUGCUCAAACUUAGAACCAGGAAAUGCGUUCAUGGAAAGAAAACCGAAAGUUAAGUUGAGCCGUUGUGUGUGUCUGUCUCUAUAUUCAAGCAGUAAAAUGGCAGAAUCCAGAGUUUUUCAGGAUGAGUUCUUGUGUCUGGUGUGUCUGGAUCUCCUGAAGGAUCCGGUGACCAUCCAGUGUGGACACAGUUACUGUAAGAGCUGUAUUACAGACUGCUGGGAUCAGGAGGAUGAGAAGAGCGUCUACAGCUGUCCUCAGUGCAGACAGACCUUCAGCACAAGACCCGCUUUAGCUAGAAACGCCAUACUGGCUGAAGUAGUGGAGAAACUGAAGAUGAACAAACUCUCUGCUGACUGUGACGCUGAAGCUGUAGAUGUUCAGUGUGACGUCUGUACAGAAAGAAAAUACAAAGCCGUCAAGUCCUGUCUGGUGUGUCUGGAGUCUUACUGUCAGAAUCACCUCGAGCAACAUGAGAGUUGGUUUAAAGGAAAGGAACACAAUCUGACCGAAGCCACUGGACGACUGCAGGAGAUGAUCUGCCAGAAACACAAGAAGAUCCUGGAGGUUUUCUGUCGCACUGAUCAGAAGUGUAUAUGUAUGAUGUGUAUGAUGGAUGAACACAAAAACCAUGAUACUGUAUUAGCUGCAGACCAGAGGACAGAGAACCAGAAUCAGCUGAAGGAGACUCAGAAGACGCUCCAGCAGAGAGUCCAGCAGAGAGAGAAAGAUCUCCAGCGGCUGAGAGAGGCUUUGGAGUCUCAUAAGCGCUCUGCAGAGACAGCAGUGGAGGACAGUGAGAGGAUCUUUACUAAAGUGAUACGACUGAUCAGAGAUCAGCAGAAUGCUGCAGUUUGUCGAGCUGAAGGACAACUGGAGCGACUGGAGCAGGAGAUCAAUGAUCUGAGGAGGAGAGACGCUGAGCUGGAGCAGCUUUCACACACACAGGAUCAAAUCCAGUUCCUGCAGAGUUUCCAGUCUCUCUCAACACCUCCUCAGUCUACAGACAUAAAUGACGAUCCUUCUAGUUCUCUCUUCUCUUUUGAUGCUCUGAGAGAAUCUGUCUGUCAGCUUAGUGACAAACUGUAUGAUUUUUGCAAAGAGGAGAGCAAAAAGAUCUCAGACAGAGUCCCAGUCACCAACAUUGAUCUCUGGACCAGGAAGGACUUCCUACAACAUUCCCAGCAGCUCACUCUGGAUCUGAACACUGCACAUAAACGUCUCAGAUUCUCUAAGAACAGAGUGAUUACUAACGCUAACACAGAUCAGCCGUAUCCUGAUCAUCCAGACAGAUUUGAUUAUUGGCAUCAGGUGUUGUGUAGAGAGAGUGUGUGUGGACGCAGUUACUGGGAGCUGGAGUGGAGAGGAGAUAAAGGUGUGCGUAUAUCAGUGUCAUAUAAGAGCAUCAACUGGAAGGGACGGGAUCAUGAGUCUCAGUUUGGAAAUAAUGAUCAGUCCUGGAGUCUGUCCUGCUCUUCCUCCAGUUACUUAUUCAUACACAAUAACAGAAAGACUGUUCUCCCUGUGAAGUCCAUCAGCAGUAGAGUAGGAGUGUUUGUGGAUCACGGAGCAGGAACUCUGUCCUUCUACAGCGUCUCUGACACAAUGACCCUCAUCCACAAAGUCCAGACCACAUUCACUCAGCCGCUCUAUCCUGGGUUUAAUAUUCAUAAAGGAUCAUCAGUGAAACUGUGUUGAUUGACCCGAAUAGACUGUAGAGAGCUUCUACCCAUAAUGCUUUUUUCUUCAUGACAUUAAUACUGCUGCUGAACAACUGUCAGUGAAAUUACAUGUCAGAAUAAACUUCAUUUAGACCAUAA